UCUUGCGAAGAGCCCUAGAGCUUUUGGGGAAGCCCUAGCCGCCGCAUCAAAGAGCUAGCGCCAGCGCCUUGCAUCAUGACUGUCAAGCGGCGGAAUGGCGGCCGCAACAAGCACGGCCGCGGCCAUGUCGAUCCAAUCCGGUGCUCCAAUUGUGGGCGCUGCGUCCCCAAGGACAAGGCCGUGAAGCGCUUCCUUGUCAGGAACAUCGUGGAGCAGGCAGCGGUGCGCGAUGUGCAAGACGCUUGCGUCUACGAAUCUUACACGCUCCCCAAGCUCUACGGGAAAAUGCAGUACUGCGUCUCCUGCGCGAUCCACUCUCACGUCGUGCGCGUCCGAUCGAGAGAGAAGAGAAGGGACCGAAACCCGCCAGUGCGACCCUUCCAGAGGCGCAAGGAGGACUUUGUUCCUCGACCUGGUGGCCCUGGUGCUGCUGGAGGUCCUGGCGGUCCUGGAGCUCCGCGUCCACCACCGCCCCGAUAAAUCGGUCAGCACGAAAAUUUGCUCCUCUUCCUUUCCGGCUAACGAAGAGAGAGUUAUCUUUUGUUUGGAAUGGCUUUCUUAAUCUCAUAUGGAAGUUUUUGUUGCU